UUUUCCGAAAACUGAUCAUUCGAACCUAUACACACCUGACCAUGUCCAUUCUCACGUUGAAUGAAGGACUCGCCGUUCGGCAGUUCAAGCAAGGAGAUGCAGAGGCUCUUGUCAAAUACCUGAACGACUCUGAAGUGUUACACAACCUUACCAACCGCAUUCCUCAACCUUACACACAAGCUGCUGCCGAGUGGUGGGUCAAUCACUGUAUUGACAAGUCUUCCUGGCUCGAAUCAGGUCCUUGGCCAACAAGGGAGAAUGCUGAGUCGGCUCCUUUACAUCAUGUCAUCACCUUGAAUGACCAAGUGAUCGGCUCGAUCGCUCUCGAAAUGCAGGACGAUGUCUAUUGUCGAACAGCUACCCUUGGAUACUGGCUCGCUCGACCGUACUGGGGUCAAGGCAUCAUGACUCGAGUCGCGGGCCCAUACGUUGAAUGGGCCUUCGCGACCUUUGGAAGGAUAUGGCGUAUAGAAGCGAGCGUCUUCGAUGGGAAUGAAGGGAGUGUGAGAGUAUUGGAGAGAGCAGGAUUCAAAUUUGAAGGUCGAAAACGAGGAUCAGUCUGGAAACAUGGCAAGAUACGAGACGACCUAAUACAUGGCAUAGUCAGAGACAAAGAACUAGCAUAAUAAGAACACCUUCAAGGCUCUUCAGCAUCUUCGAACAUGCUCGUAUUCCCAGGACUGUAGCGUAGAGAGGAAGGACAGGCGAUCUUUCGAGCGGCUUCGUCUAAGGCGUCAAGGGCGCUCUG